GCCUACGGCAGAGACGGAGACCGGAGCGCCGGCGAACACGCCGCCACAUGGGAGUCAGGGCCGCGCGGCCACGUGACAGACACUUCCGGGUCGGAGGGCGCGCGGCACUGCUCCCGGGAACAGGUUGGCGGCGGCUGUCGGACAGAGCAAGAAAGCUGCGAGUGGAGCGGCGAAGGAUUUCCGGAGCGAAGGCAUUUUACUACUCGGUGUAAAAGAGAGGCAAGACUGCGCAGGUGCAUGUUGAAGGAUGGACGAUGAUGAUUUUGGAGGAUUUGAGGCAGCAGAGAACUUUGAAGAUGGUGAAAUGGGAACACAGUCAGUCUCCCCAGCCAUUCCUUGGGCAGCAUUUUCUGCAGGGCCAGGAGUGGAGCUGGGCCAAAGAAAUCCUCCAAACAUCCUCGUCAAUGAGACAACCCAGUCAUUUGGAAAGAACACUUCAGAAUCUGUCCCUUUUGUAGAUACUGAGCCUGGCUCUGAUUUGAGAGUUGAUGCAAUGGAAAAUGCCACUGUAGAACAAAUUCCAUCAUCAGAAAAGGUUCAGCAAACGUCUCAAUUGUUGCUUGAUAAUGCCGUAGCAUCAGCAACUUUGCAAGAAAGUGAUCCUCAACACUCUACAGAUCUUGCAGACAGCCCAUUGUCCAUAAAAGCAAACAAAAUUGAAGUAAAAUCAAAAGAAACAUUGAAAGAUGUGGAGGCGAAGCUUUCCGCUGCUGAGAAGGAGAAGUUUGAAAUGAAAAAGGCAUUAGCAGAGAUGUUUGAGAAGUAUUCAAAAUUAGAGGAAGAAUAUUUACAAGAGAAAAAAGCAGAGGAAAUUUCACACCAAGAUCACUACAAUCAACUUCAGGAAAAACAUAAACAGCAGUUAGAAGAUCUUAGAAAAGCUGGCAACGAUGCUCUUAGCAUUAUCAUUGAAGAAUUUAAGGCAUUAACAAAGUCUGCUGUAAUGCAGCAGCAAGAAACAAGCAAAAUAUGUCUUCAAUCAGCCAUAGAGAAACAAAUACAGAAAUGUGAAGAAUUGCUCAAUGCUCAGCAUGAACAGUUAGUUGAAGUACUGGAAAAAGAAAAGUGUGCACUGCAAGACAAGAUAAAAGAAGCUUUGGAGGAACAAACAAAAUGGCAUAAGGAGCUACUUGAAAAGUGUGUGGUUGAAGAAAGGUUACGAAGCACAGAGGCAAUGGAGAAAGUUGUACAGGCAGAAAAGGAAAUCAUUACAGAGGCUGUUUUGAAAGCUGUGCAAGUGGAGAGGGAAAAGAUGGAAAAAAUCCAGAUGGAGAAAAGAGAACUCUGGGAAAUUGAGCGUGGCAAGGACCAAGAAAAAUUUGAGCAGGCUAUCCAGGAGGCAUUGCAAGAGGAGAGGAACAAAAGCCAGGAAGCCAUAAAGGAAGCAGUAAGUCAAGAAAGAAAAAAAAGUAAGAAAGCUAUAGAGGAAACAAUACAAAAAACCAAAGAAGAUAUGGCAAAAUAUAUCAAGGAGCAAAAGAGGCUUGACCAAGUGGCUCAACAGCGUAACCUAACCAGCCUGGGACUGUUUCUGUCAUGUGCACAGAAGCAGCUAUCUGCACUUUUGGAAGAUAUGCCUUUAGCUGUGGAACAAGACAUUGAGUAACUUCAAGAUGUUUAAACAGAUGAAGCAAGAGAAACAAAUAUUACAAUAAACCUGACACCAUCUAUUUGGUUUCUGUGUGUUUGGAAAUGCCAUUCCUGUUAAACUGGCAUGCCAGUUUAAAAUGUGUGCACAAUACUUACUUGAAGUCACUAGCAGCCUUGAAGAUCUUCAAAACAGAUCCUCUUAAGAUUGCACAAAAAUAUUAUCAAUUGGCACAAAACUAUAAAAUUAGCUUAAUAAAGGGAAUAACAUUAAGCUUAUGAACAUUAAUUUUACACAAAAGGGACACCCUCGUUCAUAUAUCAUUAAGAUAUAAUUUUAUGAGCACUGUAAUGAGACUUCUACAUACCAAUUUUGUACAGGUACCAAAAUUGCUUUCAUCUAAUGCCAGAUGUAUAUUUCUUCAUCAUAUUCAACAUUUGCAACAUCUGAAGAGUUUUGGACAAUAGGGGACUUAAAACCAGUUUUAAAAGAUCUUGUAUAUCCUCCAUUGAAUUUUUUAGUUUCUUUAAUUUUAUAUUGUCUGCUGCGAAAUAACACUAUAGUUUUUAUGGUUUCUUAUUUCGGUGUUCUUCUUUACAGCAAAGAAUUUGCCAGAUAGCUGUGCACAUCAAAAUACUAAUUUGAAUUCAGAUUGCACUUAUCACAACAGUACAUCAAGCUUCCAUUUAAUUUGGAUUAAAUAUUUAAAUUGAGAGUUUGGAAUAAUGAGAGGCGAUCUAAUUGAAAUGCCUCAAUUUUAGAGAGCUUCUCAAAGUCAAUGUGCUAUUUCCCCUGGAAGUUCUAACGUUAUGGAUUUCAAUCUCAGUUUGUUAUUAGCCAUUUAAGUCUGAGAUGAUAGUUCUUCAUUUAUACUUAUAAAUCCCCAGAAAGAAGACUGGCAGUUCUGUCAUAGGUGAGUACAGUAAACACAGGAUAGUGUAAUUUUGGACAUGAAGAAAUGGAAAAAAAUUAUCAGGUUCACAUGAAGAUGAUGUAAACAAUUAGCUGGGAUCUUAUUAAGUAAUCGGGUUUGAGGGUCUGUUUGCACUAUGCUCUUUAAUGUACAUUUUUUCUUGAAUAUUUUGACCAUUAACUUGAGUAUUGAGCUGAAGAUGAAUUAUCAUGUCAAUAGGUAAAUGAAAGAAAUAUGCAGGCAGGUUGAUAAACCAGAUAUUUAGCUGGUUGGGCAGCUUCAGUGGACAGGGAAACAAUUUUAAGGUCACAAGUCAAUUACCUUUCACCAAAUAGAAAUCCCUUGCUGCAUUUUGUACUUUUAUUUCAGACUUCCAGCACCUGUAAUUUUGCGGUUUUAAAUUCACAAGUAUGCCUAAGUGACCAUAUACAGUAUAGCAAAGCACCUCAAAAACAUACGGACUAUUGGUCCCUAUGAGGUGAAAGGGUCAUUUUCCUAGUUCUCAGUGUUUCUAUCAUAUUGUCAGUCACUAAUUUUGAUUAUGUUUGUGUAGAUUUUGGAAUAUUUAAGCAUUUUAACCAAGGAUUUUUCUGGACCAGGCCUAAUACUGUGCUUUCUGUCAUCACUUCUGUGUUUGACAAAGUUAGAAAUCAAAUGUAAAUCAUAUUCAACAAAAUAUCUAUUUUAGAAAUAUCACUUUCUGUUAUGAACAAGCUAAUUUUAUGUUGAUUAAAGAAGUAAAGGAAAAUAAAUUCAAUCUGUGAGGUGAAUGUAUAAUGGUACUUAAUUUUUAAGCAAUUAAAUAAGAACUUCUAAUCUU